GCCGGAGAAAAAUCAUGACCGCCGGACAGUAUCUCUCAGCUGGCCGGCAAAGGGCUCCAAAUUUGAGCUUGGGCUAGAAGCUUCGCAGUGACGAGAAAGAUCAUACUCCGUACUGCGGCACUCACCCAAGUAUCACCACGUCAGCUUCCGUCGCAGGACUAGGACUCGACCUCGGUUCUCUGCCUGAAAACAUCUCGCAUUCUUCCACUGGGCAAUCAUUAAAACGCAAAACUCGUCCUCCCGCACUGUCCAAAAUGCUGUCCAGGACAUUUACGCGCGCAGCGCAGUCGCCUGCGCUGUCGAGGGCUGCCGCUCGAUCGUUCAUAGCCCCGAGGAUAUCCGUGCCAGUGUCCUCGAUGCAGCUCCGUGGCAUGGCCAAGAAGUCAAACAAGCCCUCGGCGUCACAACCCAAGCCCGAGUCCGACUCCAAGUCGUCCGAGCCCAUCCCGGCUCCGCCUCCCUCAUCAGCCUCCGAGCCCGUUGAGCCAGUUCCCAACGCUGGAGACGCAGUCCCCGAAGCACAAGACGGCCCUCCAAAACCCUUCAACCUGCCCGAUCUGACCCAGGGCAUCCCCUCGACGCUGGAGUUCGAAAGAGAAGGCGCCACCAACAAAAGCGCCCUCUCCGAUCUGGAAGAAGCAGAGGCACAGGGCGCUUCUCGUGAGAAGGGAGAACUCCCCGCUUCCGCAUACAUCUCAUCCACCGAGAAGCGACGCAACAAGUGGGCCAACCGCAUGUACGUCUCUGCGCUCGUGCUCGGUAUCGGCAGCGUCGCAUGGCUUGGCCGCGACUGGGACGACGACGAGGAGGGCGCAUUCCCCGACAUUCCCAACGGCUGGACCCCCAAUCUAUGGUGGGCUCGUGCCCGCGCUCGCUUCGGUGGAUCCCUCAGCUAUUACCACGAACCUGCAUUCGAGAAGCUCCUGCCUGAUCCCGACCCCAUGUUCGAGCGACCCUACACCCUGUGUAUCAGCUUGGAGGACAUGCUGGUCCACAGCGAGUGGACAAGAGAACACGGCUGGAGGAUAGCCAAGCGACCUGGCGCCGACUACUUCCUGCAUUACCUCAGCCAAUACUACGAGCUCGUUCUCUUCACCAGUGUCCCGUUCGCCAUGGGUGAGCCAUUGGUCCGCAAGUUCGACCCCUACCGCUUCAUUGUUUGGCCCCUCUUCAGGGAGGCGACCAAGUACGAGGACGGCGAGGUCGUCAAGGACCUGUCAUACCUGAACCGUGAUCUCUCCAAGGUCAUCAUGGUCGACACCAACGAGAAGCAUGUCCGGAACCAGCCCGAGAACGCCAUCAUACUCCCCAAGUGGACAGGUGACCCCAAGGACACCAACCUCGUCGGCCUCAUCCCUUUCCUCGAGUAUAUCCACACCAUGCAGUACAAGGACGUCCGUGAGGUUCUCAAAUCCUUCCAAGGCAAGAAGAUCCCCGAGGAGUUUGCCCGCCGCGAAGCUAUUGCCCGAGCCGAGUUCGAAAAGAAGUUCGCCGCCCACAAGGCCAAGCACGUCUCCGGCAUGGGUGCUCUCGGAAGCAUGCUCGGUCUCAAGCCCAGCAACAUGAGCAUGAUGGUGUCUGCUGAAGGUGAGCAGAGCCCAAGCGAGGCGUUUGCGCAGGGCAAGAUGCUUCAGGAUAUCGCGAGAGAGCGCGGCCAGCGCAACUACGAGCUCAUGGAAGAGGAGAUUCGCAAGAACGGCGAGAAGUGGCUUAAGGAGGAGCAGCAGGCCCAGGAGAACGCACAGGCCGAAGCCAUGGCCGGGAUGAGGACUUCCUUGACCGGCUGGUUCGGCAAGAACGAAUAGAGUGCAUGACAAUAGUGGAUGGUGAAAGCAGUCAGUUCGCACAAAACGUUACAUGCUGGACAACGUCAGGUCGGACUUGACCUUACGAGCACAGCCGAUGUAUAAGCCGGCCACUUUGGCUGGAUGAUUUGUAUCAAUAUUGUGGACGGAGAUGUUUUUUCUUUUUGUGUAAAAAGACAGGACGGCGCAGCGGAUGUACUGCGCCAUAUAGAUUGAUGGCCGGAACAGGUGAGGUGGGAUCAUUGCCCUCGACUCUACUUACUUAUCGUCAUUUCUGGCGGAUCGCAUUUGAAGCGGGCACAUGUGGCUUGAGAUGGCAAGCUCGAACGAAUCAUACUUGGGAUGCACGAUUACCAUGUUGGAGCAAGGUUGAGCGUACAAAGCACGAAGUAGGAUUAAUAUUGUAUAUUAUUCAAAAACAGAACCAUGUGGUAUAAUAUACCCAACCCUUUUAACCUCCA